AUGCGGCACCUGUGCCGGGGCCGCGUGCUGGGCAUCUCGGUGGCCAUCGCGCACGGGGUCUUCUCGGGCUCCCUCAACAUCCUGCUCAAGUUCCUUAUCAGCCGCUACCAGUUCUCCUUCCUGACCCUGGUGCAGUGCCUGACCAGCUCCGCGGCGGCGCUGAGCCUCGAGCUGCUGCGGCGCCUCGGGCUGGUCGCCGUGCCCCCCUUCGGCCUGAGCCUGGCGCGCUCCUUCGCGGGGGUCGCCGUGCUGUCCACGCUGCAGUCCAGCCUCACGCUCUGGUCCCUGCGCGGCCUCAGCCUGCCCAUGUACGUGGUCUUCAAGCGCUGCCUGCCCCUGGUCACCAUGCUCAUCGGCGUCCUGGUGCUCAAGAACGGCGCGCCCUCGCCGGGGGUGCUGGCCGCCGUGCUCAUCACCACCUGCGGCGCCGCCCUGGCAGGAGCCGGCGACCUGAGCGGCGACCCCGUGGGGUACGUCACGGGCGUGCUGGCCGUGCUGGUGCACGCCGCCUACCUGGUGCUGAUCCAGAAGGCGAGCGCCGACACGGAGCACGGGCCGCUCACCGCGCAGUACGCGGUCGCCGUCUCCUCCACGCCGCUGCUCGUCGUCUGCUCCUUCGCCAGCACCGACUCCAUCCGCGCCUGGGCCUUCCCCGGCUGGAGGGACCCGGCCAUGGUCUGCAUCUUCGUGGCCUGCGUCCUGAUCGGCUGCGCCAUGAACUUCACCACGCUGCACUGCACCUACAUCAACUCGGCCGUGACCACCAGCUUCGUGGGCGUGGUGAAGAGCAUCGCCACCAUCACGGUGGGCAUGGUGGCCUUCAGCGACGUGGCGCCCACCUCUCUGUUCAUCGCCGGCGUCGUGGUCAACACCCUGGGCUCCAUCAUUUACUGCGUGGCCAAAUUCCUGGAGACCAGAAAACGAAGCCACUACGAGGACCUGGGGGCGCAGCCCGGGGGCGAGCAGGCGCCGCCGAGCCGGGACCGGCUGCCGUUCGUCCUGGCGGAGCUGCCCGCGGAGGGUGGAGGUGGCGGGGCGGCAGGUGGGGCGGCAGCAGGUGGCCCCGCUUGGCGGAGUGGGCCGGAGGCCAGGGGCGGCCCCGGGGGAGCCCUGCUGGGGGCUCGGGGCGCGCGGGGCGCGGGCAGCCCUGAGGAAGCGAGCAAGAGGUCGUUGAAGGAUGCUUACCUCCAGGUGUGGAGGCUAGUUCGGGGAACCAAGUACACGAAGGAGGAUUAUUUGAUAGAAAAUGAAGAGUUACCCAGCCCUUGAAAGGAAAUGCCUGUGUGUAUAUAUGUACAUACGCUUAUUUUAUAAGAGAGAGGGAGCAUAUUUUCAUGAGGGCCGUUCAGUUUUAUUCUUUGAGGAGUGGGGAAGGGAAGCAAGGAAAGGAGCUGAAACGGACUGGCAGCCACAAAAUGAGCGCCUGUGUGAGUUGUUACUCAGCGUGGGGUGGCCUGAGGCGUCCCAGAGACAAAGGGUCGGGAAGGUGCUUGAGAAGUCAGUCUCGGGGCAGACUCCGGGCACAUGACUGUUUCUCACGAUAACCAUGGCCGAGUGUCUGCGUGUGCCAGGAGUCCUCAACCCCGCUCCAAAGAUGGGGUGUAGGUAUGCUGGCAACACCUGAGCAGCUCACAGAUCACACACAGGGGCAUGUUUCUGAUGACAAAACUGCAGUUUUUAUAUGGCCAGCUGGGCAAAGAGUAUAUUAUUGAAAUGACGUAUAUACAUAAAUACACUGCAUUGAUGUUUACUCUUUGUAGUCAUCUGAAAUGUGUUUACUCUCAUUUUUCUUCACUUGUCUUUUUUUUUAAAGUGCUCUAUUCUAUUAUAUACUGGUAGAAAAUGUUAAAGCUAUUUUGAAAAUAUGAGUUGUUAGCUUUAAUCAUGAAGUUUAAAGUUGGCUUUUAGUAAUUAUAAAAAUAUUUUAAAGGUUGUUUUGGCUCAGUGCUUUAUAAUAUUUAUUAUUGAAUGCUGUAGCCUUUUUAAAAACCAGUUUUACUGUGUCCGAUAUUCUGUCAAGCAAAUGCGAUGGCUGAAGUAGAAUUGUCUUAACUGAAGCGGAAACAGAGGGAGACCAUCCUGCGAGCCAGCCCUUUCCAUCCCUCCACACAACCCCAACCAUGUGACAGCAGGAGCAACUGCUGUAUUCACUUGAUAUUUUUCUAUCUUAAAUUUGUCAAAAUAAAA